AUGGCGAUCCCGUCCGGACGGGCGGCGUUCAAGAAGAAGGAUGGAGUCUUGACUAUGACGCCGGACCAACAGUCCGUCAUCUGGACACCAGCGCCUGGCAACGGCCCGCCUACGGUCUCCUUAUCGCUCGCCAAUAUUACAAAUUUGCAGCAAACACCAGAUACAGCCGCCAAAGUGAUGCUAAAGAUCUUUGAGAAGCCGCCCGAUGCCACUGAACAGGUGCCUUAUCUCUUUCACUUCACAUCGCCAGAUGCCAGGUCCGAAGCAAACGCCAUCAAAGAUCUUCUGUCUAGGCUCCUGGCCGACGUUCGCUCCAACGAUCCCAACGUGCCCAAACCAGCCGGUACGCCAAAUCCUCACGCGAAUGGCUCAAAUGGUGCGACUCCUAGCGGCUCAGGCGGUAGCGGCUCCGGCUCCAUGGCUUUCGCUAGUUCUGUCAACUCGAAGCCAAGCAAUGCACGCUGGUUUGACGAUGCACAGCUCAAGGGGGAUAUUGAGUUGCAGCAGUCUCUCAUGAAGAAGGACCGCACCCUUCAUCAAACGUAUAUGGAUGCGCGCGCUACAAAACCGGAGUCCAUCUCAGAUGCUGCCUUUAACGCCCAGUUCUGGUCCACCCGCACCAAUCUUCUGCGUGCACACGCCAUCGAAGUCAACCAACAAAAGGGUGCCUACAACAUUUUGCCGGCUAUCAAGCCACGUCUCGAAAAUGAUGUGCUUAAACUUGAUAUUACCGUGGAGAUGGUCCAGCUCAUCAUGGCCCAGCACCCGCUUGUCAAGCGACUAUACGAUGAAAACGUGCCAAAGGUCCCGGAGAGCGAAUUCUGGUCGCGCUUUUUCCUCAGUAAACUCUUUCGCACCCUCAAGGGUGAUAGGAUUUCCGACGAGAAGAAGGAGGGCAUUCGUCGGGAUCCGCUGUUCGAUGCCCAUGAUGCCAGCGAAAACACAGUCACUUUUCAGCGCAAGAGCAUGGCCCAGAGUGUGCCGCAUAUUAUUGAUGUCUAUGGUAACGAGGAAAACCAGGGCGGCUUCAGGAGCGGGAACCAGAAAGAUAUUGAAAUGCGGCCUCGCAAAAACGUGCCUAUUGUCAACACGCUCAAUAGUCUGAGUGAGAGAAUGCUGGCCAACGUUGCUCCAGCAGAUGAUAGGGAAAACGCCCCUGGACCAGAAGAUUCAACAUUUCAAGAACUUGCACUGCGAGAUUUACAGGGAGACGCAAUGGAAAACAAAAUCAUCCUUAAUGUGAAGGAGCAGAACCGCUUCUUCUCCAAGAAGGAAGAGGCACAGUCGGAAAACACGAAAGCUUUCGCAAAGCAGGUCCCCUCUGAUGUUCUUUUCGAGGUUCAGUCAGACCUAGAAAUGAUUGAAACGGAUGAAGCAAAUGGCAUGAACCUCCGUGCGGGCAUCGGUAUCGACGACAAUAGCGACAGCGACGAGGAGACCCAAAAACGGCCCCACGUCGGCUCUCGUGCCGCACGAAAAGCAGCAGGCGACGAAAUCAUGGCGGGUAUCCGCCAGCGGCGCGCAGAGAAGUACGGCGAUGUCGCCGCGGAUGCCUCCAAACCCAUGGGCUUGCCCGCGGAGGUUGCCGAACGCUGUCAACUGACGCACGCUACCACCGUUGAGUUUCUCCACCAGUUCUGGAACGCGUUUCUCUCGGGCGAUCCCGACCGAGCCAACGAGUUGCAGUACCUCGUCGAGUCAUUGAAGAGAUCAGCCGAACGCAUCCACGCCGUUGCUGACGAGGCAGAGAAGGCUCGCGAUGAGAUCAUCCGAUUGAAAAAAAAGGAGAUUAUGGACCACUACAGAGCAACCGGAAAGAAGAUCAGGGGCUGGCGGCCGGAGCAUGAGAAGGGAGGUCGGAAAGCUGUCUUGGCAGUUAUGCAACCGACACUAGAAUCGCUGAACAAGGCGCAGGCAGACUAUCAGAAGGCUCUGGCGGCGGAGGGCGUACAACUUUCUACAGAGGCUUGA